GCGCUGACCAACAGUAUUGUGGACUCCUCUCGUGGUGUUGUAUUUAGCAGAAAAAUGUUGAACACAGGGAAACUAGCCGGUAAAACUAUAUUUAUUACCGGUGCCAGCCGUGGAAUUGGAAAAGCCAUUGCGCUGAAAGCGGCCAAAGAUGGAGCAAACAUUGUAAUCGCCGCUAAAACUACCGAACCUCAUCCAAAACUGCCUGGAACGAUAUACACUGCAGCAAAAGAAGUCGAAGAGGCAGGAGGAAAGUGCCUUCCCUGUGCAGUGGAUAUUCGUGAUGAAAAUGCGGUCAAUAGUGCAGUACAAGAAGCUGUAAAGACAUUUGGUGGUAUUGACAUACUUGUUAACAAUGCUAGUGCAAUAAGCUUGACAGGGACUUUGGAAACACCAAUGAAAAAGUAUGAUCUUAUGAACAGCAUUAAUGCACGGGGGACAUAUCUGUGCUCUCAAGCCUGUCUACCAUAUCUAAAGAUUGGAAAGAAUUCACACAUCUUAAACAUCAGUCCCCCUCUGAACAUGAAUCCUCAUUGGUUCAAAGGUCAUGUAGCUUAUACAAUGGCUAAAUAUGGCAUGUCCAUGUGUGUCCUGGGCAUGGCACAAGAAUUCAAGGAUGAUGGGAUUUCAGUUAAUGCACUGUGGCCUAAAACAGCUAUAGCUACAGCUGCUAUGGAGAUGCUGGGUGGUAAAGAAGCUCUUGCUUCCUGUCGCACUGAUCAGAUCAUGGCUGAUGCUGCCUAUGUUGUCCUAACAAGGGAUAGUCGAGCCAGGACUGGAGAGUUUCUUGUUGAUGAAGAUGUACUCAUAGAAGUGGGAGUCACAGAUUUUGAACCUUAUGCCUGUGUGCCAGGAAGCAAACUGUUACCGGACUUCUUCUUGGACGUUGAUGGUUCGGAUGCUAAAAAAGUUAUGGAGGCUCAGAAGACCGCAGAUACUGUUCCACAAGGAAAUAGUGCGGAAGGAGUGGAUGGAAUUUUCGAUAUCAUAAAGAGCUUAUGUAACAAACAACUUGUUAAUGAAGUGAGGGGAGUGUUCGAGUUUCAUUUAACAGGAAAAGACGAAGGAGUGUGGUAUAUUGAUCUCCAAAAUGAUGCAGGAUCUGCUGGUAAAGGAUCUUAUCCAGGAGGUAAAGCAAACUGUACAAUGACCCUAGGCUCGGACGAUUUUGUUAAGAUGUUUAAGGGUCAGAUGAAUCCAACUCAGGCGUUCAUGGGAGGAAAACUGAAAAUUAAGGGAGACAUGAUGAUGGCAAUGAAAUUUGAAAAGAUGAUGGGAGCGAUGAAAUCCAAGCUCUAACAAGAAACGCAGUUGAUUGAAUGACUUGAGUAACAUAAAGUGAUUACUGAUGUAACGAGCGUAAGCGAUUCGAGAAAAGAUAUUAAUUUUCUAUGAGAUUCAGGUUCGGACACAAUUAGGUCAUUCGAUGGUUUUAUUGUUACAAAUAAUUCUGACACUUCCUACAACAAAGUUGUUCUUUUAGUUAAAGUCUUUUGCUUGUAUUCAUUUCUAAUCUAGACUUUAUUUAAGAGCUCGUUUCACUCGAAGAGGAAUUUGAACCAUGUGAUUACUACAAAGAUUGUUCCGUGAACUAGCUGUAGAGAGUUUGAAGAAAUACUCUUUUUAAAAAGAAAAAGGAAUGCCUUCCAUUUGACCAGUAAUAUUUUCUAGCUAUCCCCUAGAGACUCCAAACACAAGGGAAAAUAAAAUUUGUAAAAAAUAAAGUGAUACGCGAACUGUU